AUGACUCGUUCGUUCACAAUUUCAGUUCCAGCUUCAUCCGCCAACAUUGGACCAGGGUUUGAUGUGUUAGGAAUCUCGCUGACGCUAUAUCUUAAGUUGGAUGUUAAAAUCGACCCAGCUGUUUCGUAUGAAGACCCUCACAACUGCAAAAUCACCUAUGAAGGAGAGGGUGCCGAGAGUGUACCACUCGUAGCAGACAACAAUUUAAUAACCCGUACUGCUCUAUAUGUUUUAAGAUGUAAUGGCAUUCGUACUUUUCCUACUGGUACUCAUGUUAAUGUGAACAAUCCCAUUCCUCUCGGUCGUGGUCUAGGUUCAUCAGGUGCUGCCGUGGUAGCAGGUGUUAUUCUUGGUAAUGAGAUUGGAAAAUUAGGAUUUUCUAAGCAGAGAAUGCUUGAUUACUGUUUGAUGAUUGAGAGACAUCCCGAUAAUAUCACUGCUGCUAUGAUGGGAGGUUUUGUUGGUUCAUACUUGCGCGAACUCAGUGCUGCUGAUCUAGAACGUAUUGAAAUCCCGCUUGCUGAAGUUUUACCAGAACCAGCUGGUGGUGCUGAUACUGGAUUAGUUCCUCCUGAACCGCCAAUGAAUAUCGGUCAUCAUAUCAAAUAUGGUUGGGCAAAAGAGAUCAAGGCUAUUGCUAUCAUUCCUAACUUCGAACUCUCAACGGCCACUUCACGUGACGUCUUACCAACUGCUUACACCCGUAAGGACGCUAUUUUCAACCUCCAACGUUUAUCAGUACUCACUACUGCCCUUACUAGAUCUCCUCCCGAUGCUGAUUUGAUCUACCCUGCCAUGCAAGACAAGCUUCAUCAGCCAUACCGUAAGACUUUAGUACCUGGAUUAACAGAAAUCCUUGCCUCAGUCACUCCUAAAACUCAUCCAGGUUUAUUGGGCAUCUGUCUUUCUGGUGCUGGUCCGACAAUUUUAGCACUUGCUACUGAACGAUUUGAAGAAAUUGCCCAAGAAAUUCUCGCUCGAUUCGCCAAAGAAAAGAUCCAAUGUACCUGGAAGUUGUUGGAACCUGCUGAUGAUGGUGCCACUGUAACCGAACAUUAA